ACAUUUCAUCGAAUGCCCAUACCUAAUUGUAACCUAUUAUUGUCUAGUAUAAGUAUAUUUUUCUCCAAAUCACACCUUAAUUGUAAUCAUAUUGAAAUGUGAGAUACCCAUAUACCUCCACCUGUAUUAUUUCAGUAGUUCAGUGCAAAGAGACCUCAAAAACCAUUAACCCACGUAGGCCAUGGUGUGCUAUCAUUCUUCUCAAUGGCUGCCCAAAGCUGCUUGAUUUGGUAUUCAAAAUGUCUUUAUUGUCUCCUGGAUUUACAUGGUGGAAGCAGAAGUAAUAAGGCCCAGUGUACUUUCCCUGUGAGCUGUAUUCAGGCAAUACCAUUGGACUUUGAUUGAACCUACCACGCGCUGCUCCAUCUGUUUUUCUCUUUCCUGUUACACCCCAUUCCAGGACUAUGACAAGUAAAAAACAGUGCUUUUAGUCUCUUUAACGUCAUGGCUAGCCCUGAAUGAUUUGCACUGUGUCUCCUAAGAUCCACUAUCAAUAAACCAUUUCUCCUGUUUUAUGUCUCUUGGUGCUUUCAGACUGGACACAACGCUCAUAGACUUUAGUGAUAUGAAGUGUCAACGUGGAGACCUCAGCUUCAUUUUCAAUGGCAACGCGAUCCCCUCAGAGUCUUUUGUGGUGCUGGACAAUGAGCAGAAGGUUUACCAGCGAAUACACCACGAGGAGUCCGAAAUGGAAACUGAGGAAGAGGUAGACAUUUUGAUGAGCAGUGACGUUUACUCUGCCACACUGUCUACCAAGUCAAUCACAUUUUCCAGAGCACAAACCGGAUGGCUCUUUAGAGAAGAUAAGACGGAACGUGUAGGAAACUUUUUGGCAGAUUUCUACUCUGUUAACGGACUGGUGCUGGAGUCCCGCAAGAGAAGAGAACAUCUGAGCGAGGAGGACAUCCUGAGGAACAAAGCCAUCAUGGAGAGCCUGAGUAAAGGGGGAAAUCUCAUCGAGCAGAACUUUGAGCCAACAAGAAGGCAAUCUUUAACCCCUCCAACACCCAACACUAUAUCUUGGGAGGAAUACAUCACAGCUGAUAACGGAAAAGCUCCUCAUCUUGGAAGAGAGCUUGUCUGCAAAGAAAGUAAGAAGAACUUUAAAGCUACAAUAGCAAUGAGUCAAGACUUCCCACUGGGCAUUGAAUCGUUAUUAAAUGUCCUGGAAGUGAUUGCACCGUUCAAGCACUUUAAUAAACUCAGGGAGUUUGUUCAGAUGAAGCUCCCUCCAGGCUUCCCAGUCAAGCUUGACAUCCCUGUUUUCCCUACAAUCACAGCCACAGUCACAUUUCAGGAGUUUCGCUAUGAUGAGUUUGAGCCAUCUAUUUUUACCAUUCCCGAGGAAUACAAAGAAGACCCUAGUCGCUUUCCUGACCUUUAACUUUGGAUCAAAGUAGCACGUACAGAGGGCAGUUCUUUUACUUAAAAAUAAUUCUAAAUAAGGAAAGACAAUGAAGCAUUAAUAAGUAUGAACUUUUUAACCACUUGGGCCUGUGAAACAAAAACUCAACAUUCAAAUGUGAAGAGUUGAGUUUCUCCAAAGCCCAUGCAGUCCUGUGUCUGAGUUGCUAAGGGCAUUGAAAAUCUCUAUUUGACCGCAGUUGUGCCGUGUAAAUGUUCACUGGGCAAAGAUGAGCAGUGAGUCGAUGCUAUGUAUGUAAGUUUGUUUGUAUUGUUCAUAAAGGGAUUGUAAUUAAGUGACUAUAGUCAAUCACUGAUGUGUAUGAGGGAGGGAUUCCACUUCUAUAGUUUUCAGCUUGAGGAUAUUAUAGGACAUUGCUAUAGAUCACAUUUGGGGUUUGGCAGAAAAACAGAACAAAAUUAUCUUUUUUCAGGUUUAAAAAGAAUGGGGUUUAAUUUAUAAUUUUAUUUUAUUAUCUCCUGAACGUUAGUGAUGUUCCAAAGAUGUGUCAGCUUUUUCUAUGCUGACUGAUACUACUUCAGUGAAGUAGAUGCUUCAUAGAUGAAAAGUUAACUUCACAAAAUCACAAAUUCAUUGUAUUAAAAUGGAGUUGACAGGGCAUAUAGUGCCUGGACUCUUUAUGAUGCACUAUGGACUCUUCUGUAGUACUGAAUUUUAUAUUGUUCGUCAGUUCAGCCAAUGUUGGUAAUGCUUCAGAUCAAUGGUAACAAAGUUCCUAAAGUCCAGCGGUAAAAACAGACCUGCAACUGUAAUACAUUUGCAGAUCUCAUUGAGGUUUGCAUCCUUUUUUAUUUUACAAAAAACUGAUCUGCACACAGUAUGUAAAUACAGUACAUAUUUUGUGAGAGAUACCUUGUCUCAUGUUUUAUUUUAUUUUUUUGAGGGAAAAUAUGGAUUUCUGUGUAGGUUGUUUACUUAAAUUAGUGAGCUGUUGCUAUUUUGUACAUACUUGUAUUGUUUUCACAAUGUUUUUUUUUUCCUUUGUUUGAAAACUUUUAAUGUGUGGGUGCAACGUAUUUACAGUAAUGUAAAAAGCACAAAGAAAUGUCCAUUUUAAAUCUAAGAUAACAUUGGAUCUACUGUGUCCUUACAUCUGCUGCUAUGGCUUUUGAGCCUCACUGUGUGGAUACAAUGUUCCUCUUCAGAUGCUCCUUUGGUCUUUUUUAAACUAAAGGCACAACUACAAAGAACAAGGUAUUAAAUUACUGACAUUUGAUCGGUUUCUCCUCUGUUUAUUUUUUGUCUGUUCUGACCCAGAUAUUGGGUAUGUGCCUACACACUAAAAAUUGUUUGAAAUUUACUCUAGAAUGAGUCACCAUCCAUGUCAAUUGUACAGCAAAACUGUAAAAGUCUGCUACACUAUUUUUAUAUAUAAUACUAAAAAUAAAACCCUACAUUCAA